AUGGAUAUUAUGGACCGCGUCCGGGCUUUGCCAAACGAGCUUCAGGAUGAGAUUUUUCAAUACACACUUCUGGCAGAACUGCCAUCUGGAGAAGUGCGGAUGCAGCGUCGCUCCUCUCCGACCACGAUCGUCAAAACGAGCCACACCAGUCCAGUACCACGACCAAAGACGACGCUGUCAUGUCUGGUGUCCUACAUGAACGAGAUCAUCCGAGCCAAUCAGGAUCUCGGCCUCGAAUACGCACAGGCGGCGCUCUGCAUUGCCCGCUUGUUCGCCAUGUACAAUCUCUUCAAGCACAUUCCUGGUGAUUUCUUUCGGGUGCAUAGCCCUUGGCGGUGGAAUUACAAUGGCGUGCUGGAAGCUGCAGGGGCCGAACGCCUUUACUGGCUUGCACAGCAUUGUCAGAAAGUGAAAUACUGUCAUGACUCGCUCCGCGCAUUAUGUUGUUGUUGCGACCGUUCCCGUCGCUUUAUUUGCUAUGCUUGCUACGAAUGGUUGGGGGAAAAAAUCGAAGACUACGGCGCGGUGGGCCUGGAGACUGUCCCUGACUUUAUCUUGCGAUGGUGCAGGCCAUCAGCCUUCAUCCCGGAUGAGUCCCUCGAUUGGAAUGAUGACGACUGGAUUUUUGAGGAGCAAGAUGGGAAAGUGAAGGUGCUGGCCAUUUGGCAGAAAGGAUACGUACCGUACACCUGGUUAUCGAGGGACGGUGGGCCUUGGGUCCUGACGCGAACAGCUGCCACGAUCAAGGCCUACGAUGAAGAUGGCCGCGGUGGUAUCAUGGAGUGGAAUUUGGACGACGGCCGUUACGAGCUUGGAUUCUCGAACAUCAGGAGCAACGAUUACAGUAUUGAUGCAUAUCUGUGCAGCUUCGACAAGGCCGGCAUUUCAAAUGCAAAUCAAGCUCGCAACGAUGCGGACUACACCAAGGAGCAAGAGACGGAGCGUCUCCGUGGUGCAAAGGUUGCUGCGAUGAGUAAGAAGGACAGGGCGAAGCGGACUGCGCGCGAAGGACGCUAUUGGGUUCUCGCUUGA